AUGUCUGUUUUAAAAAACUGGGACGAUAGCCAAAGUUCUUCAGCUAUGGAAGCUUCUAUUAUUGUUAAAGGUUUUAAAACUAGUGAAGACAUGUACGGCAUUCGGUAUGCUAAAUUUAUAGGAGAUGGGGACAGUAAUGUAUUUAAAAAAAUUUUAGAGCAAAGACCCUAUAAAGAUCUUACGGUACAAAAGGUAAAAUGUAGAAACCAUUUAUACAGAAAUUUUUGCAAUAAAUUAAGGGAUAUUGCAAAAAACAGAAAAUUCUUUGGUGAAUUUCGAAAUGCUUUGAAUGGAAAUGUUUAUCGACUUAGAAAUGCUGUUGCUAAAGCCGUAAAAUUUAGAAAAAUAUAUAAUGACAGUUUAUUUUUAUAG